AUGUCGCAGCAAGAAUAUGACGUGAGUAGAGGCGAUGCGGGUGAUGCUGCGGAUCGCACCGGUGCGGCUGACGCUCGGGUAGCGCUCACCCUUUUUUGUUGUUCCAAGCCGAGAAACAUGCGCUUUCGCAGAUUGGGGCCCAGCGGGCUGAGGGUCAGUCUGUUCAGUCUGGGUGGAUGGCUUACGAUCGGAGGUAGCGUGCAGGACGAAGCAACAAAGGAGAUCAUGAAGGCAGCUUACGAGCGCGGGGUCAAUACAUUCGACACUGCCGAAGUAUAUGCCAAUGGACAGUGCGAAAUUUCGAUGGGCAAGGCGAUCAAGGAGCUGGGAUGGCAAAGAGAACCGCUGGUACUCAUCACCAAGAUCUUCUAUGGAACUGGCGCAAAGGAUCCCAACGCGACGGGCUUGAGCAGGAAACACAUCAUCGAGGGCGCCAAUGCUUCAUUGAAGCGUGCUGGCUUGGAAUAUUGGGACAUCAUCCUUGCCCACAGUCCGGAUGUGACUGUGCCCAUGGUAGAAGUGGUCAAGGCAUUCAAUCAGCUCAUUCAGCAAGGCGUGAGUCGCACUUCACCCAUCGUCCCGGUCCCGUGUGCAGAAGCAGGGAUCUGAUACGCGCCUGUUGGUGACCCAUGCAUCACAGAAAUGCUUCUACUGGGGCACGUCGGCAUGGAGCGCAGAGCAGAUAAGCGAAGCGUACGGUAUCGCCGAGAAGCUUGGUCUUGAUCCUCCUUUGGCCGACCAGUCGCAAUACUCCGCACUGCAUCGAGAGCCGGUGGAGAAAGACUACUUGCCCCUGUACCAGAAGCACGGUAUGGGAUUGACCAUCUGGUCACCCCUUGCCUGGGGACUCUUGACGGGCAAGUAUGCUGAUGGAAUUCCCAAAGGCUCGCGCUUCGACGUGAACAAGGAUUCCUUUGGAGGCGUCAUCGACAGCCUCAAGACCGCAGAGGGUCAAGCCAAGUUGGAAAAGGUUCGCAAACUGUCGGAAAUUGCAAAGGAGCUUGGAUGCUCCGUCGCCGUACUCGCCAUCGCUUGGGCUGCCAAAAACGAACACGUCUCUACAGUCAUCCUUGGCGCCAGCAAGCCCGAACAGAUCAUCGAGAAUCUGACUGCUUUGGACUACAUCGACAAGCUCACACCAGAUGUGCUCGCCAAGAUCGAGGCUGUCCUAGCCAACAAGCCAGAAGCAUUGCCCACAUUCGGGCGAGCGUAG